AUGACGUUCCAUUUACAUUUGGUGACGUUCUCUUCAUUGCUGUCACUGUCAAGGGACGAAAUUUUCAUCGCACCAUCGGGUGUUCACAAGGAGCGAGUGAAGCCGGAAGAUUUAUUCGUCGUCAGUGCUUCUUCUAACACCAUUUUGAGUUCACCACCUGCUGAGAAAGGGCUGAAAAUGAGCGAAUGUACCCCAUUGUUCAUGGCUGCUUACGAACUUUACUUUUUUCUUUUUGAAAAUUGUGACUUUGUGAGUCACAAAAAAUUGUUUGACUUCUUCAGGAAGAGCACGUAUAGUAUGUACGUCUAUGCAUCCUACGCCUUCUUGUACCUUGUGCGUCGGGGAAAGGAUGACUUGAAACAGCAAAUUCCAGAAAUGCUGGCAUCCUGCGAAGGAGAAACCCUGAGAGCUGAUACUAAACCAUCAGCAGCAAUCAACAGCAGUGAUGAUGAAGCCAGUCAAGCCACUGCUAAACAAGAGGAAGCCAGUACUCCAUCUACCGGAGAAACGCCGCAGGUGGAACCUUCAGGAAUUAAUGCAGAAUUGAGGCCAGAAGAAUCGCAACCCCUGGGAUCAAUCUUUUUUACCAACUGCACUUUCUCCUCUGGGACCUAUGUUUUCAAAAUUCAGAAGGCUCUGCAUGAAUUGGUACCCAAGAGAAAUGGGACCCAUCCUGGGACUGGAUACAAGUGGUUCCUGCAACAUUUUGUUUCUGUGGAUGGAGGCAGGGCUGCUGGAAAAUGGGCUGGGGGAACCAGAGAGGGACCAAUGGUCUGUCUGGGCACAGACAGCAAUGAGUGGGCUGCAGGCUGA